UAUAUGAGAGAUCAAUUCAAAUUAUGUAUAUAAUAUAAACAGAGAUUGCACCACUUUUAUUUUAAAGGCUGAUCCAAACUACUUCCUCUUUAGCUUCAAGCGAUUUGACGCCACAGCGGCAGCGUGGAUCACCCGGACUUUGACGCCUCCAACGAGGCAAGAGAAGUGCUCCAAAGUUGCUGUUCUUCGGUCUGUGCGUGAACAGCCGGGGACAUGACUGACCUGUGGGUUUCCCUGGCGGUGUUGGGGGCCGUGGUGCUCCUCAGCGAGGCGGCCCGCCGGACGGGAGCGCGUCUUUUCCCCGGAGCUUACUGGAUUUACCUGCUGGAAGCGGCGUCCACCUUCCAGCUCUGCUGCUGCACGCACGAACUCAAACUCCUGGGCGAAACGACCCGGCUGGAGCUGCCGAUCAGCCUCGCCCUCACGUACACCAUGACGGUCAUCCACUUGCUGACUUUCAGGGAAGCGGCGUGUAACCCCAGCGGGGCUCUGGAGAGCGUCUGCCGCGGACGCAGCAGCGUCAGAGCCGCCGCCGUCCUCAUAUCGUGCCAGUUCGCCGCUGCGGUCGCCGCGCAGUCCUUCGCAGCCUCCGUGUGGUCGCUGGGUCUGUCCGACGUCCACACCCGGCACCAGAGGUUCGGGUUCAGAUGCUUCGACCCACUCGGCGGGACCCUGCUGGAGGCCGCGGCCGUGGAGCUGGCCUGCGCGUUCGUGGUGCAAGCCGCCGCCAUGCACGUACAUCGGCUGGACGAAAAACUUCGCCCUCACUUCUUCGCGGCUGUAAUCACGGCUUUGGUUUAUACAGGUGGAAGUAUUUCAGGAGCCGUCUUCAACCCCGUCCUGGCCUUCUCCGUCCAGUUCCCCUGCAGCGGCCACACAUACCUGGAGUACUGCUUCGUCUACUGGCUGGGACCAGUCUUGGGUGUGGCGAGCUGCAUCCUGCUCUUUGAGAAAAUCAUCCCCUUCCUCUCUGGAAAAAGCACCGUAGGCCUGGACUCCUCGGCCGGCCAGAAACAGAAGACGCAGUAACAGUGAGGCUGCUUUUAGGCUCGGAUAAUUGUGCCUGUAUAAUUCAUUUGUUCCUUUUGUCAAUUAAUGAUAAAAGCACUUUGUGUGUAAAGCUCCUGAGGUGUGUUGCAUUUCAGGUUUGCCGCACAACGAGAAGCAGGUGGAGGGGUCGCUUUUACUGUAGUUUGACAGGAUUUAGCAGAUUAAUUGCGUCUGUCCGUGUCACAGUCGCUUGCAUAGCUACUUUAAGUGUUGGUUUAUGAGACCAAAGAUGUGAGGGAGUUACCACAAAGCUGCACAUGAACACACACAGUUUUUCAUCGCCCGCGCACAUUAAUGGGGGAAAAAAGCAAUAAUUAAACAUUUUGCUUCAUACAGAGGCACAGACACUAGAUAUUUGGUUUUAUCAAUAACGCUCCAUGGCAACGGGGUGACUAAUGUAAGAGCUGCCGUUGCUAGGCGACAGACUGCUAAUGGCGCACUACUCAAAUACGGUUUAGAUGUGUGUAACCUACAAACAUUGAGGUUUAUUUACCCAUUAACACACAUUCCCGGCUGUACACUAUUAGUGAUUCUACAUUUAAGUUGCUUUAAACCUUUUUCUAGGCUGCUUGGUUUAUUCUAGGCUGAACGUAGCACCUAGCAAGCUAGGCUAACUAGCAAACGACCAGCAUUGUCAGACUUUGAACAGGUUGAUAGUUUUGAACUGAUUAUUUGGCGUUCUUAUCGGCUCAGUUGGUCAAAGUCUUUGUACCAAAAUUCACCGCCCGGAUUCGGGUACGAGCACAAACACAUGAUAGUUGUAAAUGUAACUUAUACAUAAAUCUGCUCUGAUGUCACAGAAACUUAAUGCUCAUCAGAUUUACGCAGCGACAGUCGUGUGUACGUUAAUGGGUAGAUUUUAAACAGUUCUUGCUUUAAUUUAUUAGAACGCCUUAGGAGAAAAAUGUGAACACAUAUUAGAUUAAAAAAAUGUAGAUGAAGCUGUAGCUAGCUCCUGAAGCUACGUUCCCACUAGCCACAAUACAGCAACAAGCUACAACAGAUUUAAAACGUAAGCUGGUCAAAUGAAGAGACAAUCUGACGCCUGAUGUACUUUUAGUUUUGCCAAAAUAUUCUUAUUUAUUUUAUUUCACAUGAACAUCGUCCAAAACGCAAGUUUAUGAAAGUGUAUGAAGUGUGAGAUAGACAUGUUUCCUGUUUUGCGGUUCACUGUCACUACACUACACAACACUACACAACACUACACAAUACUACACAAUACUACACAACACUACACUACAGAAUACUACACAACACUACACUACAGAAUACUACACAACACUACGUGAAGAGACCGAAACUGAUUACAAAUUGUUAAAAUAUUUGAACCUAUAAUGAACAUAAAUGAAUCAAAGCACAACUACAGUAAAUUGUUAAAUAUUCAGUUAGAGACAACCACUUACAUUUCCAUAAAUAUCAAAAAUGAUUUAUUAUUAUUAUUAUUAUUAUUAUUAUUAUUACACAGGCUGAGGACUCUUUUCAUAUUUUCAGAUCUUUUCCAGUACAGGAUGAGAUAACAGCACUUUGUAAUCUUUUAAGUUUAAAGGGGCACAAACGUUUGGUGGUUAGUGUGUUUUAGUUAAACUAAUGUGGGAGUACUACCUAUUUAUAUGUUCUCACUUCGCACCAAAGUGGCUGCGGUACACUUUUUACAAUAUUUAAACAUUGGGUGAUGACAUUUCUUUGUAGAUGAUCAAAGAUUUUAACCAUCUGGUGAAUCUUUGCAUUUUAAUCUCAUAAUUUUACUGUACUGUCAAUACUGGCACAGAGUAGGUGUUUCCAUUGGCUGCUGGUGGGGUUUUGUUUGCUGUUAUUAUCAUUUUGUUUUAUUUUGCGCGUCCGUUUCUUUCCUUCUUAACAUUUUACAAUCUAAUACGCAGUUUUUAAUCAUUUGUGAACCAAUGACAUCAAUUACCUCGACGGUCUGGAUGGUAGAAUGAUGAUUAAAUGUGAUUAAAUCAUAUUUUCUUACAGUACUGACUCACAUGUGAUGACAUAGUUUUGUAUAGUGUGAAUACAUUUGUAAUAUCUUGAGUGAAAUAUUUUGAUUAAAAACAUCUAUUUCUAAAAGGCA